GGAAAUUUAUAAUGGUUUUGUGAGUCACGUAAAAUCCUUUGAUUUAGAGGCUCCACUCUCCAGUGGUCGUAAUUCGUAAAAUAUUAGUCCAAAAUAGAUGAGAAAAAAAUGUGAGUGUUUUUAGACAGCAAAUUGGGCAGAGAUGCUGCUGAGAUCAGCCUACGCUCCACUCCUCUCUUCUUUCUCCACAAUCACCAAUUCUCUCACACCAACUGUUCGACAAAAUGCCCCACUACUACUUGAGCUGCCUCAACUCCCUCCCGCUUCCGCCUACGUGCAUCUCCCUUUCUGCCGCAAGCGCUGCCACUACUGCGACUUCCCCAUCAUCGCUCUCGGCUCCUCAUCCGAUCACCACGAGCACGACGACCCGCGUAUCUCGAGCUACGUGGACACGCUCUGCCGGGAGAUCGCCGCCACCAAGCUCAGCUCAACCACCUGCCCGCCUCUUCAAACCGUGUUUCUAGGCGGUGGGACGCCCUCGCUCGUGCCGCCCCGCCUCGUCUCCUCGGUCCUCGAUGCGCUGUCGUCCAAAUUCGGGGUGUCAGCAGAUGCAGAGAUAUCAAUGGAGAUGGACCCCGGCACAUUUAACGCGGCGGCGAUGAAGGAGUUGAUGAAUUUGGGUGUGAAUAGAGUUUCUUUGGGAGUUCAGUCUUUUCAAGCUGAGUUGUUGAGGUCUUGUGGGAGAGCUCAUGGAGUUGGUGAAAUCUUUGAAGCUGUUGAGAUUGUUAAAACGUGUGGGGUUGAGAAUUGGAGCGUUGAUUUGAUCUCGUCACUCCCUCAUCAGACGCCAGCAAUGUGGGAGGAGAGCUUGCAGCUGACUGUUGCAGCUCAGCCCACGCAUGUCUCCGUUUAUGAUUUGCAGGUCGAACAAGACACCAAGUUUGGAACCUUAUACACUCCUGGUGAAUUUCCUCUGCCGUCGGAGAAUCAGUCAGCCGAUUUUUACAAGAUGGCUUCAACAAUGCUAGGGAAUUCAGGAUAUGAGCAUUAUGAGAUAAGCAGCUACUGCAAGAGUGGAUACCGGUGCAAGCACAACAGCACGUACUGGAAGAACAAAUCUUUCUACGGUUUUGGUCUGGGGUCGGCUAGUCAUAUUGGCGGAGUGAGGUUUUCAAGGCCGAGGAGGCUCAAGGAGUACGUUAGCUACGUGCAAGAUUUGGAGAAGGGAUCAGUGAAUGGGCGGGAUGGAGUUGCUGAGGUGAAGGACUUGGCUAUGGAUGUUGUGAUGCUGUCUCUGAGGACAGCGGAUGGCUUGGAUUUGAAGAGUUUCAGGGAGGCUUUUGGGGAGGCGAUUUUGGUGUCGAUUUUGGAGGUGUAUAGGCCUUAUGUGGAGAGGGGGCUUGUGAUAUGGUUGGACGAGCAACGAAGAGAAGUGGCAGCUGAUGAACUAGUUGGUGUGUCUUCAUCAUUCAAUCACAAGUUGGCUUAUCUUCGCCUCAGUGAUCCGGAUGGUUUUCUGCUGUCAAAUGAGUUGAUAGCUCUUGCAUUUGGUCUCAUAUCUCCAUGAAUUGCUUUCGAGCUUUAAGUUCAACUGUUUUUAUUUUUUGUUUUGUUGUAUAUAUCUGUUGUUGAAAAUCUUUAAUUGAAAUACUUAUGCAUAUCAAUCACAGAUUAUAACUA